AUGUCAACGAAAAAGCGACCACCAUUCCCACAAAAAAAUGAAGAUUUGGAUAAACUAAUCCAGCAGCGAGAAACUGUAGUGGCCAGUAUCCUGCGUAUUAAAGAAGUAAUAUUGGAGAAAACUUUUGAUUUAAAUCCUGUAGAACUGGACUGUAGGUUGGACAUUCUCAAUUCACAUAUUAAACAGGCCAUGACUUGCCAGCAAAAAAUAGAAUGUAUCAAGGAGUUUGAUGUACUUCGACCAGAUCUAGAAGAAAUCUAUGUUGCUUCAAAAUCAUUGUUCUUACAGGCGUUAGGUAAAAACCUCAAGUCUAGUAUCCCUGAUACUUCGCAUGAAUGCAGCAAUCAUCGUUCCAGGGUGCCAAAUAUGCGUUUACCUAAAUUCAGCGGGAAACAUUCUGAAUACAAAAACUUCAUAAGCCUUUUUGAAAGCUUAGUGCACAAUGAUCAGUCGCUAAGUGAUAUUGAAAAAUUCAAUCAUCUCAUUUCGUGUUUGUCUGACGAAGCGCUUGGUACAGUUUGUGACAACUAA